GCAUAUGCGGUCAGGUGGAAUUCAUUCCGGUUCGCCACGUCAGCGUGCAACAGCCAAGAGACCAGAGGAACGUUUGUAUCAGUAGCAGCAGCCUCUGCACUGCGCAUGCUCUGUCAGCAUGCCAUAAACAGGUUUUGGAAGCACAUCUCUGGACAAUGCUUAAUAGUAAAAGCUCGCCUUUCCACGCGGUCACAUGGACCAAGGUGCCAUGGAAAUCGAGGCGCCAAAGAAGCAGAAGCGCAAGAGCCAAAAUAGAUGAUGCAGAGUUUCCCUCUACAUGGGAGCUCCACUGCAUUGUUUUGUCCAUUGGAUUGUUUUAUCCCCUAAAAGAGAAGUAUAUCCGUACUCGGGAGUUUUGCUGCCAUGUGGUCCUGCCGUUUAAUGCGCUGGUGUUGAAACUUUAAUGCAAUGUGCAGAAGAAUAUAAGACGAGCUGAAAAAAACAUAAUUUCGGCAUCCGGAACAAGCGGCCAAAAAUUCCCGACUUUAUUUCUGAUCGAUAAUUGAAAUUUAAUUAGGUGGUAGUGUGCAGGGUGACAAUGUUGGAUGUGGGUCAGCCUUUGACAAAGCGCCUUACUGCUCUGAGAAGAGCCCGGUCUUUAAGGGACCCUACAACUUCUUUGCUCAAAUUCAGUCCCCCUGCUGCACGUUCUAGUUGGGAUUUGCCAAAUGAUACUGAAGAAGAAGAAGAAGAAGAAGAAGAAGAUGAAGCUGAAUGUGAGAGUAGGCAUGAUGGUUUUGCUUAUUCAAAGAGGGAUUCUGCAAAAUUCACAAGUCCUUGGGGAGCAGAGAAAAGCAGUGUGUCUCGUAAGACAAGUGGUAGAUUAAGCGGCGAUUUUAAGAACUUGAAGCAAGCUCUGGACCAAGAAAGCAGCACAGAGGAACUCAGCAUAAAUAGGAGUGACAUUGGGAUCAGUCAUGAAAAUGGCCUAAAGAGAAGAGAUGAAGGAGAAAGGGCUGUGCUUCAUAAUUGGCCAAAUGAAUGCUUUGAUGAUGAGUGUAGAGAUCCAGUUAGAAAUGAGAGAGACUUCCCACCAAGGAGGUCUGUUGAUGAAUCAAAAAUUAGUAUUUCAAGGAGAGAAAUAGAGCAUGGCAAUGGUGAAAGAACAGCAACUAAACAAGGCAGGAGAGACAGGCUAUUUAAGGGUGGCAAAAAGGAUUCUGUAUCAAGAUCUGCUAAUGUUUCCCCUUCUCUUCAUAAUUCUGCAGAGGCAUUUUCACUUUUCUUAUUAGAUCAGGAGGAUCCAUGUGAAGAUGGAGAUGACAAAGGUGGGUUGUCUUGGAUGCAUAGAAGUAGAGCUUCAGGCGUAGAUUGUGAUUCUCGCUCAGGUUCUCCCUUGUUAAUGAGAGAUGAUGUAAAAUGUAGAGAGCAGACAGGUAAGAACAACAAAAAGAUAUACUCAAACAUUUCAAAAUAUAUUGGGAAGCAAAAGGAGGAUUCCCAGACACCAACAUCAGUACGUUCUGUCAACAACGAUGGUAAAUCCAGCAUUCGUGGGUCUUGUGAUGGAACGGCUUUUUCUGGUGAUGACGAAAUGGAUGGUUUGGAUCUACCACGACAUGGAUGUGGAAUUCCCUGUUACUGGCCCAGAACCCCUAGACAUAGAAGCAAAAACUUCCCAGAUAGUAGAGGAAGGAAUCUUUCUUGUGGACCAGCCAAUUCUGUGAGGAGGAAAAGUAGCAAUAUUCUUCCCCGAAGUAAGAUUGCAGCACAAAAAGACUUAAUGUCAUCUGCUUAUGACUCCAAGAGGUCAGAAGAAUUGAAUCUUGACAUGGAAGUUUUACCAUUGCUGACUGACGUGGGUGAAACUGCUGCAUCCUCAGCAGAGGAUGGCUGUGAUGGAUUUUCUAAUGACUCUAGAGACCUUUUUUUGGAGGAGGCUAGUAGACUGAAUAGGAAAAGGUCUAGGCACAAAGGUCGAGAAAAACUGGAGCUUGCUCUGACAUCUGAAAGUAGAGAAUUGACAGUCUAUACAGACAUGCACAGAAGUUUGAGUCAGAAAUAUAGGCCAAGGUCCUUCGAUGAAUUGGUGGGACAGAACAUGGUUGUGCAAUCUCUGGUUAAUGCUGUUUUGAAAGGGAAAGUUGCCCCUGUCUACCUCUUCCAAGGUCCUCGUGGUACAGGAAAGACAUCAACAGCUAGAAUAUUUGCAACAGCUCUGAAUUGUAUCUCUCUUGAGGAACUAAGGCCCUGUGGACUCUGUAGAGAAUGUACUGCAUUUGCAUCUGGUAAGAGCGGAGAUGUGAGAGAAGUGGAUGCUACAAAUAGCAAUGGGCUAGAUAAAGUCAAAUCUCUGCUCAAGAAUGUUGCCUCAGCUCCAUCUUUCUCCCGGUUCAAAAUCUUUAUCAUUGAUGAAUGCCAUAUGCUGGUAUCUGAAACAUGGACAGCACUCCUGAAGUGUCUAGAGGAACCACCAGCUCAUGCUGUAUUCAUACUUGUUACUACUGAUCCAGAUAAACUACCUGACACUGCUGUUUCAAGGUGUCAAAAAUAUCUCUUUCCAAAGAUCAAGGAGUCAGAGAUAGUAAGCAGGUUGCAGAAACUUGCAAUUGAAGAAAAUUUGGAUGUUGACACCGAUGCAUUGGAUUUCAUAGCCAUUAAGGCCGAUGGUUCUCUUCGAGAUGCAGAAACAAUGCUUGAUCAAUUGAGCUUGCUGGGACAAAGAAUAACUCUAUCCAUGGUGCAUGACCUUGUUGGAGUUGUAUCAGAUGAAAAGUUGUUAGAUCUAUUAGAUUUGGCCUUGUCAGCUGAUGCAGCCAGCACGGUUAGAAAGGCCAGAGAUUUGAUAGGUUCUGGAAUUGAACCUAUGGUUCUAAUGUCACAAUUGGCAAACCUUAUCAUGGAUAUUCUGGCUGGCAGCUGUAAGACAGGUGACAAUAAACACAAAGGAAUAUUCUUUCACAGACAUGCUUUCACAGAAGAUGACCUAGAUAAACUGCGGAGGGCAUUGAGGAUUCUAUCUGAAGCAGAGAAACAGCUAAGGGCUUCAAAUGACCGGACAACAUGGCUCACAGCAGCCCUUUUGCAAUUUGCUCCCAGUCGAUCUCUCCUAUUUCCCAAUUCUACUGGUACUAGUGUCAUUCAAAGCCCAAUCACUUUAAGAAACACAAAUGAAAGAGGAGUGAUCUAUUAUGAUUCCCCUACGAGGCAGAAGCGUGAUAAGGAAAAGAACUAUGACGCCCAUCUUGAGCAGUUGGAUCUCAUGACUUUAACAAAGUCCAGAAUAUCAAAGUUAAAUGGGAGCAUGAAGACUUUAAGUUUCACUAAUUGCAAUGAGGAGAACAAGGGAAGACCGAUCUCUAACUCAAAUGUUUACAAUCAAGCAUCAGAUUAUUCACCUACAUCAAGUGGAUUUGUGGGAGGAGUAACUACAUGUGAGAGAGAAGGGGGCUCACCCUUUAACAAGGAUGAUUGUUGUGAGUCGGGUCAAACAGAAAUGAAGUGUAUUGAUAAAAGAAAGCUGGAUGUCAUUUGGAAGAUGACUAUAGAAGAGUGCCACUCUGAUACUCUGAAGCAGCUGCUACAAACAGAAGGAAAGCUGGUUUCUGUUUCUGCAGCAGAAGGUCUAGCUAUUGCUCAGUUAGAAUUCAGGCAUCCAGAUCAUAAGUCUAGAGCUGAAAGAUCUUGGAAGAGCAUUGCAAAUUCACUUCAACAUGUAUUGGGUUGCAAUGUAGAAGUUAGAUUCAGUCUUGCAUCUCAGGAAGCUGAAGCAGAUAAUAGCAAAUGCAGAAAAUAUGUCCUUGAGUUGCCAAAUUCUUCAGCCAACAGACAAAGGAAAAAGGCUAGCACACUGUCUGAAGAAUGCAUGCGUCAAACUGUAGCAAUUGAUUCUGGAGAAAUCACAUGUGGAGAAACACAAAGGAAUUCUCAGUCAUUUGUAGAAACACCUCAAUUGGCUCAUGAACAAUCACCCAUGCCAGUGCAACAUUUUCAAGCAGGGACAUUGUCUACAGUAAACAUGAUUGAAAGGAAUGACCAAAACACCACCUCUUGUAAUAAACAGGACGGUCUAAGGACAUCAAAGGGUGUAAUCUCAAAUGAACAUAGACUUGAGAGAGCCUGGUCACGAGAAGAAGAAAAAUGCAUAUCUGAGCAAUUAGAUUUUCCAAAUCCUGAAAAGCAGCAAGUACAUCCCCAUGUUCUCACUGAUCUUCAAAAUGGAAUAACAUCAUCUGAGCCACCUAUUGUAAUACCAUUCAGGGUUACAUUGCAGCAGAAGGAAGGAAUUCUGAAUUGUAAGACAAAGACCAUGCAACUGAAUAUCCAAAAUGAUGUCCAGAACAAGCAAAGUGUGAAAGUGGAUGAAUUUAAUAAUGUAUAUUCAAGUUCACAGAACCCAUUUGUUGCCAGUUUGGAGGACAAAAAUCUGGAAUGUGGAUCUAGCUCUGGAUCUGGUAGUAUCCUUUGUUGGAAACUUCACAAAACUGAUCACUCAAAGGCAUCAAAACAAAAAAGACGGCCUCUGAGAAAAGCUGGCUUGCUAACAUGGGUUGUACCUUGUGCCAAUGCUAAAAGAUGAAGACAGUGAUCGAUUCCUUAUGCCAAAGUAAAGCAUCAUACAAGCACAGCUAGUGAAUGGGACACAUGCUUGAAAGUUAUGUUUAUUGCUACAUCUUGUACAGGUUCCAAAUACAAACCCACAAUAAUAAGAUCAGCUGUACAAAAUACAAAAAUGCAAAUAGAAGGAAUCAAGCCAUUUAAUUCAUCUACAUCUUUUAGAGGUAAGAUGGAGUCAUCAUUCAAGUUAAAAGGAGCUUUCUUAGGUCCCCACUGACCCAGCAUAUUGAAUAUGUGUAGGAACUCUCCUUGCAUCAACAAGAUGACUUUCACCUUACCUGUAUAUUGUUUUAUUUUUUUACCACCUGAGGUUUCAAUAGGAUCCUAGAAUUCAUCUUUUGUAUUAUAAUUUUUACUCUAUUGCAAAUUUAAUUUAAAUGUACACUGUAUUUGGAUCAUGUAUGGGAUAUUUUAGAAAAAUAACAACGAAAGCAACAUUUCGUGUCAUGUUUG